AUGUGCAGACUCAUUCCCAACUCUAGCCUCUUAGCUAUGAAGCGCUCCGCGGUUGCCAGCCGCACUUAUCAUCGCCCCUCAACUACUGCGCCCGCUUACAACCGCUUCUCAACGACUUCUCGUGCUUACUUCCACCCGUGGAUUCCUGGUUCUAAUACAUACCCUCAGACCGCAAAAUGGCACGUUGAGCUAUCCAACCAAGAUGUCAAGAAGCUCCUCAAGGACUACGAUCCUAAGAAGAUGGAAGAGGACUUUAUGUGCCGUGCUGAAGGACCCGAUGAAAUGGGGAAUAUUGUGUUUCAUGUGUAUCGACGUUACACCCGCGGGGAACAGCUUCGUCUGCAGAUUGCGACUCAGGACGGUCGGGCAAGAAUUGCAGAGAUUACGUGGUAG